AUGUCAAAAGCUACAAUUCCUUCUCUUACAACCUUUGCCACUCAGCCGUCAACUCAAAUAAGAAAAUCUUCGAGACAAGAUGCACUAUAUUUUUUGUUGAAAAUUGCCAGUGAUGAAUACAAAUCAGUACCACAAUCAGAUUGUUUAGUUGAUGAUGAAACUGGUUUAGUGCCAUACAAAAAUAAAAACAAUCUUAAGUUUAUUGAAACCGGUACAAAAAAAAAGUGUGAUAGAAAGAAAAAAAAACUGUUGAAUAUGUCGUCUACAUUUAUUUAUGAUGGAAAUGAUAGUCUAAAAGAAAACGUUGAACAACAACAACAGCAACAGCAGAAACUCAAAGAUCAACCAAGUUCACGUCACGAUUUACCUCUUUUAGAACCACCAUCAUCAGACCCAUCACAGCAACAAACUCGUGUCCUAAACCGUCCUGUUCCACUACGAAACUCUUCUCUAAUCAGUCAAGUUUUACCAACUUCACCACAUCCACCACAACAUAUGUCAACUCCUUCAUUGUCUUCACAGAUUAGUAGUAGUAAUUUUGCUCCUUUGGCUGCCUCCUCUCAACAUAAUUUUACAAGUAUUCAACGUCCAUCUAAUUCACAGGGUGUAUCAGUAAGAAAAAGGCCGGCACCAAGUAAUCAAACAACGUCUUCGACUUCACAGCCAACAGCAAAACAUACGAAAGUAUAUGAAAAUGAACAAGUGAAAGAGAAUUUCUUAAAGAAUGCAGUCAAAGUGGCAUUUCAAUUGAAUGAUGAAAAUUUUGAGAUGAAGUGGGAUGCUAUUUACCAUGCAUUAGUUCAAUUAAGACGUGAUAUUAUAGCUAGUAAAUGUAUGAAAUAUGCUGAUGAAUCACAGACGGAUAGUACAACAAUGAAUGACAAUCAAGAAGAAGACGAACGACGUCAACAAGACGACGAUGACGAGAACGAAGAUGAGCAAUCCAUUUCUCUAGAUCAACAUCAAAUUCAAAGCACUGAGAACUUAACUGAUUUUAAAGAUGAAGAGGACGGACAAAGUUAG